UUUGAGGAUAUUUUGGCUAUGUCAAUGGCGAGUGUGGAUAAUGGCGGAACUCUGGGGUCCGCUAACCAGGAGGAAGAAAAGAAGCCCAUGGAUCAGGGCGGUGCUCACAUUAAUCUCAAGGUCAAGGGACAGGAUGGGAAUGAGGUCUUUUUCAGUAUCAAACAAAGUACUCAACUCAAGAAGCUAAUGACUGCCUAUUGUGAUAGGCAGUCUAUUUAUUUCAACUCCAUAGCAUUUCUGGUUGAUGGACACAACCUACAUGGGGAACAAACUCCUGAUGAAUUGGACAUGGAAUAUGGAUAUCAAAUUGAUGCUAUGCUUCAUCAAACAGAGUGA